CUUAGUCACCCGUCUGCCGCCGCCGGUGCGCACCGCUCCGCUCCGCCCUCCCGGCUUUCUCGCCGGCUGCGCGACGCGCCCGAGGUCUCCCGGCGCCUAUGGGCAGAGGAGCAGACCGCCCCGAGGCCCCGCGCUGUCCCCGCCGCCCCGACUUAGGGUCCCGCCGCGCUGAGCGCCCCGCCUCCCGCGGCAGCAGCCUGCACAGGGCGCCAUGGCCUUCUCCCAGGUGCAAUGUCUGGACAACAGCCACGUCAACUGGCGCUCCAGCGAGUCCAAGCCCGAGUUCUUCUACAUCGAACAGCAGCGCCUGGCGCUGGAGGCGCUGGUGGCCCGCGGCCCCGAGGCCUUCUACGAGGUGCUGAGCCGGGAGAACAUCCGCGACUUCCUCUCGGAGCUGGAGCUGCGGCGCAUCCUGGAGACCAUCGAGGUGUACGACCCGGGCUCGCAGGACCCGCGGGACUCGGGCUGCCUCCCGGGGUCUGAGGACCAUGGAGCGCGGGACCGGGAGGAGGCCAAUGGGGCCCUCACGGAGGCGGAGCCCCCGCCCUCCCUGGAGUACUGGCCCCAGAAGUCAGACCGCUCCAUCCCCCAGCUGGACCUGGGCUGGCCGGACACCAUCGCCUACCGCGGCGUGACCCGGGCGAGCGUCUACAUGCAGCCGCCCCUCGACGGGCAGGCCCACAUCAAAGAGGUGGUGCGCAAGAUGAUCAGCCAGGCCCAGAAGGUGGUGGCCGUGGUCAUGGACAUGUUCACCGACGUGGACAUCUUUAAGGACCUGCUGGACGCCGGCUUCAAAAGGAAGGUGGCCGUGUACAUCAUCCUGGACGAGAGCAACGUCAAGUACUUCCUGCACAUGUGCGAGCGGGCCCACAUGCACCUGGGCCACCUCAAGAAUCUCAGGGUGCGGAGCAGCGGGGGAACGGAGUUCUUCACAAGGUCAGCUACCAAGUUCAAGGGCGCCCUGGCCCAGAAGUUCAUGUUCGUGGAUGGAGACCGGGCCGUCUGUGGCUCCUACAGCUUCACCUGGUCGGCCGCCCGGACGGACCGCAACGUCAUCUCCGUGCUGUCGGGCCAAGUGGUGGAGACGUUCGACCGGCAGUUCCAAGAGCUGUACCUGACCUCGCACGGCGUCAGCCUCAAGGGCAUCCCCAUGGAGAAGGAGCCUGAACCCGAGCCCAUCGUGCUGCCCGCCGUGGUCCCCCUGGCGCCCUCCGGCGCCGUGGCCAAGAAGCUCGUCAACCCUAAGUACGCGCUGGUCAAGGCCAAGAGCGCCGAGGAGAUCGCCAAGGUCUCCUCGGAGAAGCAGGAGGGCCAGAGGCCCCCGGGGCUGCGCGGCCCAGGGCUGGCCGAGCAGCCGGGGGACCCCCCGGAGCCGCCCCUGCCCGUGCACCCGGGGCUGCUCCACCUGGAGCGGGCCAACAUGUUCGAAUACCUGCCCACGUGGGUGGAGCCGGACCCGGAGCCGGGCAGCGACAUCCUGGGCUACAUCAACAUCAUCGACCCCAACAUCUGGAAUCCCCAGCCCAGCCAGAUCAACCGCAUCAAGAUCCGAGACACCUCCCAGGGGGGCGCCCAGCUGUGGAGGCAGAGCCAGGACUGCAGCCCCUCUCCGGAGCCCAGCACACCCCAAGACGGUCUCCCAGCCAAGAACGGCCUCCCCCAGGGGGACCCCAAGCCAGAGCCCCCUGUGCCCAAGCCCCGGACAGUCCCUGUGGCUGACGUGCUUGCCCAGGAUGGCGGCGGUGCCGGCUGGGCCCCAGAAAGCCCGGAAGAGGAGGUGCUGCAGAACAGAACAGACCACGGGCUGCCCAGGACCCCAGCCCCAGGCCCUGCCCCGCCCCGGAGGCAGCUGUCUGUGGCCCAGGGUGACCCUGGCAGCGAGGGCGGGGGGAUCCCCAACGGCCUGGACCAGGAGGACGAGGAAGACGACGAUGACUACAUAACCCUCAGCGACCAGGACAGCCUCUCGGGCAGCUCUGGCCUUGGCCGUGGCCCGCGGCGGCCCUCAGUGGCUUCCUCUUCUGUGUCGGAUGAGUAUUUCGAGGUGAGGGGACACCCGCCCCCUCUCCGGAGGCGCCACUCAGAGCAAGAAGCCAAUGGGCCGGCCCAGCCCCCUCGCCGACAGCUGAGCGCCCCCCACAUGACCCGCGGGACCUUUGGGGAGCCCCUGUGUGGUUCACCGUGGGCCCAGGGUCGGGGGAGAGAGGAAGCGGGCUCUCUGCGGAAGAUGCAGGCCUUUCGCUCCGUGGACAAGAACGCACAGGACCACCAUCGUGGACCCUCUGCCUUGGAGACGGGGGAUAAAGAUGGCUUCCCGCGGCCCUUGAGGACCCCAGGACCCCCGCCGUACUGCCCCGCUGCCGAGGGCGCCCAGAGCUCUAACAGGAGGGUGGGUUCCCACUACUGGCAGGCCAAGGGGAGCCUCGUGCCCCACACCCUGCCCGACCCCGGGAGCCCGCGGCUGGCCACCGACGUGCGUCCCAGUCCCCUGGGGAUCCCGUACUCCAAACUGUCCCAGUCGAAGCACCUCAAGGCCCGGCCGGGCGGCGGCCAGUGGGCCUCCGAUUCCAGGCGGAGGGUGCAGCCCCCUCGGGACCACAAGGACCCCUAGCCCGGUCAUCCCGGCCUCCACCGAAGCCCAGGCCCGUGGGGGUGUUCCUGGGGCUGCACCACGGACGGGCAGGUGGGCGCCGGACCUGCAGCCCACCCUGGAAGGCAAGAAGGCCGCAGGCGACGAUGCGGACACUCACCUGGUCGGUGCACCAGUACCAGGUGGCCAUGAUGGUCAGCCCGAAGGUCAUCCCGGUCCACGGGAGGUCCGCCGUGUGGGGGUCUCGGAACAUGUGCAUGGCAUCCGCACGCGGCAGGUGGCAGGUCGUGUUGGCAACAGUCUUGGAUGGUAUGGCCUGGGCGUAGGCUGCUGCCAGCUGCUCAUACCCGCCGAUCUGGUCGAAAGCUGGUGGGGUCGGGGCAGGACGGGGCGGUUGGUGGCUGGUGGCCUGACUCCCAGCCCCCCGCUACCCUCACCUCACAGGGAACUUCCUGUGGGUCCAGCUGGCCUCCCCACCCCACCUUCCCAGCGUCAGGGAGAGCGGGGUGUGGGGGGGCGCUCUGCAGAGGUGAGUCCCCCACUGUUUUCUAUGUAUUUAAAUACUAUUAAAUGAGCACGUGGUCCUAUGGCCUCUGAUGCUGGUUGGCCGUGGGCACGGGCUUUAAACCCUCAA